AUGGGGAUUUCCGAUGUUGGGGUUUAUGGGGUUUUUGAUGGCCACGGCAGCAACGCCGUUAGCCAGUGGACUGCUGCGAACCUGCUGCGGAUCUUUUCGGAGUGCCUGCUGGCGGUGCGGGCGGAGAUGGCUGCGGAGCACCAGCAGCUGCCGCGCGGCAGCAACCGGGCCGCAGCAGCAGCAGCAGCAGCAGGCGACACCGCCGCAGCAGCAGCAGCAGCAGCAGCAGAGGAGGAGGACAGCAGCAGCUUCAUGACCAGCAGCGUGGCAGUGGUCUGCCAGGCCCUUGAAGAUGCUUUUCUUGCUGUUGAUGAAAAGAUCCAAACUCCAGAAAGCAGGCACGCGCUCCUCAAACUCUUCGAGGACGCUCAAAAAGAACAAAUGGGAACAGAAACUUAUUUGGAAUGGUUCUUGAGAAACGGCGGCGACGCCCGUGUAGUUGACAUGGACGGCCAGCGGUAUAUUCAGCUGAUGGUUGCAAAUGAAGAUGGAGAGGGAGAAAAUAAAAAGGAGGAAACGGAAGAAGAAGAGCCAGCGGGGGAAAAAAGUCCUCAAGGGGAGGCCUCGCGGCCGCUGGCUUUGGGGCGUCUGGACAGCACUUCGGACAUUGGGGCGAAGGCGGAGCGGCAGCAGCAGCAGCAGCAGCAGCAGCAGCAGCAGCAGGACGAGGAGGCAGCAGCGGGGAGAGAAGGCAGCUCGUCGCCUUCGAGCGAGUCGGACGGAGAGGAGAGCGAGGAGAGCCCGCGCAGCAGCAGCAGCAGCAGCAGCAGCAGCAGGCGGUCUGCAGCAGCAGCAGCAGCAGCAAAAGGGCAGCGGAGUUCGUCUCCCCGCGGCGACCCCCCGCGAGUGUCUGCGUCUGAGGGGGCGAAGGCAGCAGCAGCAGCAGCAGGGGGCCAGGUGACCUCAGCGGCCUCCGCAGCAGCAGCAGCAGCAGCAGCAGCAGCAGCAGCAGCAGCAGGAGACGGCGAGCCCUCGAGCCCCCGGCCGGGGUCCCCGAGCGCGCCAGCCUCUCCCCCGCCGUCCCCCAGCUCUGCAGCAGCGCCGCCGCAGCCAGCAGCAGCAGCAGCAGCAGCAGCAGCAGCAGCAGCAGCAGAAGAAGAGCUGGAAGCAGGCGCCGAAGCGCCGCAGCGGCUCGAACACCCCCACCCCUCCUCCCCCGAAGGCUGCGGCUCAACAGCAAUUGUUUGCUGCCUCUUGGAUGCAGCAACUCCGCUAAUUGUUGCAGCAAAUGCUGGAGACUCCAGAGCUGUUCUUUCGAGAGCUGGACUUGCCUUCCCACUCUCGCACGACCACAAGCCCACGAACCCCAGCGAGCGCGCGCGCAUUGCUGCUGCUGGCGGCGCGGUGGCCAACGGCCGCGUCGACGGAAACUUGAAUCUUUCGAGAUCUCUCGGAGAUCUUUUUUACAAAAAGGAUAAAUCCAUUCCUCCCGAGAAGCAGAAGAUCACUGCCUUCCCCGACGUCAGGGUCACGCCUGUCUGCAAGGAAGACGAGUUUCUCAUAAUUGCCUGCGACGGCAUCUGGGACUGCAAAACGAACCAGGAGGCUGUGGACUUUGCGGACGAGAGCGUGAGCAGCGGGCUGUGGGUGCUGGACAGCUUCGUGUACAUGACUCGGGGCUGCCGGCUGUGCUGCUUCUGCGCGGGGCGCACUCAAACGCUGCAUGCGCUCGAGACCCAAGAGCUGCGGCUGCUGGCCUACGUGCCCGAGCACAGCCGCCUUUACCUCAUCAGCCCCGCCCACGCCCUCUACGCCUUCACGCUGCACCAGGCCGUCGUCCAGUACCAAGGCGCCAUUGCGCGCGGAGACCUGCAAACUGCGGAGGAGAUUUUCCCUCAGCUGCCGCUGGAGGCUCACGACGAAGCGGCAAGAACUCUCCAGGCUCACGGAUACAUUGCGGAGGCCUUGCCCGUGGCGCGCGACGAGCAGCUCCGUUUUGAACUCGCACUCUCUAUUGGAAACCUUCACAUGUGCGCGGAGCUCAUUAGAGGCAGCAGCAGCAGCCAGGCGGUGCAGCGGCAGCGCUGGGCUGCUGUGGGCGACGCGGCGCUGCAGAAGGGCUCUUUCACUCUUGCUGCUGCAGCAUUUUGGGAGUGCGGAGACUACCCGAGUUUGCUGCUGCUAUACAGCAGCAGCGGAGAUGUGGAGCGUCUGCGUCAGCUGGGCGCAGCAGCAGCAGCAGCGGAGCAGCAGCAAAUUGCCUUCGUGUGCUACUUGCUGUCACAGCAGAUGCAAGAAUGCGUUGAUCUGCUGCUGACAGCAGAACGAGCUCCUGAAGCUGCUCUCUUUGCCCGCACUUAUUGCCCUUCGGCAGUGGACAAGGCUGUGAAGGCCUGGAGGCAGUCGCGGACUGCUGCUGCUGCAGCUGCUGCUGCAACCACACAUGGCGUUACAAGGCGAGGCAGAGUGGAAAACGCGCAGCUUCAAGAGAGUGAAGAGAGAGUGAAGCUGCCAGCAUAUCCGUCGGAGCAGCCAGAUGCCUUCCCGAAUUGGGAGCUAGCCAAACAGGCUGAAGGGGUGCUUUCUGAACUUUACCGCCGAAAGCUUCCGGCUGGGUCUUAUUCAAAAGUGCAGCAGCUGCUGGAGGCGGACAUCUUGCAGACCAUUGAAGAGGCGGGGCCAGACGCACUGCGAAAGCUAAUGAACGACGCAGCGCCUUUCUCUUCAAUGGAGGAUUCACAGGAGCAAAUCCCGCGUGUCAACGGCGACGUGACGGAGCCUCUGUCAGGGACGCCUAUGACGGCAGCAGCUGGGGGCCCGUCGCCCACAAGUGUAGGAGAUGCGCUAUCUUCUCUGUCGCCCGACGGGUGGAAGCAGCCGCAGCAACAGCAGCAGCUGCAGCAGGGCCUUUCCCCGCCGCACCAGCUGAGCGAUUCAGUCAAACCGCAGCAGCAGCAGCUGCUCGAGCAGCAGGAGUUCUCCUCUCCUUUAGGCUACAACUCUUCGCUUUCUCCCCACCCGGAGCAUCUGCAGCAGCACGAGCAGCAGAUGUCCAAUCCUUUUGCAGCAGCAGCAAAUCCCUUCAGCAGCCCGGGGCUGGCGAAGGACGCGUCCACCGCGGGCAGCAGCGGCACUUACAUGCCGGGGCACACGGAGGAGCAGCAGCAGCAGCAGUUCCGGGAGCAGCUGCACGAGAAGCAGCUGCUGCAUGAGCAGCAGCAGCGGCUGCACGGUGACGCCAAGCGCCUGGGAGGGGCAGAAUGGGGAGAUGGAGGCGAAGACCAAAUAGAGUUAUGA